GCUCCACAAGGGGGGGCUGCAGGAUAUAUGCUUUAGUGCCCAACUGCCUGCCUUCAAACACUGGAUCCAGUUUGUGUGGGCAGAGCGGGCGAGGAGAGGAAGACUCAUACUACCUCGACACGCACCGAGAGACCACCCGACCCGAGCCUGGGCUACACUCACCGCGCACCUCCCUGGAGCCUUCACACACCACUUCAGGACUUUUUAUCCGGAAAACUGGACAACCAUUACAACUUGCGGGCUGGAUUAAACAAUAAACAUUUGGGAAACAGAGCAACAUUAUGAGAAGUGACAGAACAGACACACAUUAACAGGAUCCGCUGUGAAUUUAUGGAUGCUUGUUGCUUUUUUCGGGCACCUCUCUUCCACUGGAGCAAACAGACCUUCUUCUGUGUCAUUGUUCAAGCAGAUAUUGCCUGUUGAAAGAAUGAAUACACCGAACUUAUUCUGAACAAGUUGGAGGAAUAGUCGAAGGCUUUUUAUGUGCAGACAAACAGAUGGGACAUGCCAACUUUUUGGAGAUCUCUGUGAGGGCGUCUGGCAUCAUGGACAGCAGACUAGAUCAUUGAGCCAAAGUUCCCUCUCAUCCUGAGCUGUCGGUUCAGACGGUUCUGCAAACAUCUGAGAAUAUCAGCUAGUUAACAAAACGAGGCUGUUGAUCUUACAUUAACAAGAAAAGGUGCCCAAUAAGAGAUAUCUUCAGCCUCACACUUUUCUGCACACUGUUCUGCCGUUUACAGCCAUGAUAUCAAAAUUCUUCCGGAAUUGUUUAUCGCUGGUCCUACUUUUCCCUCUUCUUCAACUGUUGUGGCUGGACAUGCUCAACGCUGCCCCCUCUGGUCCGGAGUCUGACAUCUGCUCCACACUGGUCCAGAGCCGCUUCUUUGGAUUCUUCCUCUCGUCCUCUGUAUUUCCUAGCACACCCUGCUCCUGGACCCUGCAGAACCCCGACCCACGGCGCUACACCAUCUUCAUCAAGGUCACAAAACCAACCAGAGACUGCAUUUCCAGACAGCACCGGACCUUCCAGUUUGACUCCUUCUUGGAGACGACACGAACCUUUCUCGGGAUGGAGAGCUUCGACGAGGUGGUGAAGCUGUGUGAAGCCUCUACCCACGUUGCCUUCCUGGAAGCUGGAAAACAAUUCCUGCAGAUCCGGAAAGGGCUGCCCAGAGCGGGUGCCGGGUCCAGGAAUGGUGAUGGGGAAUUUAAGGUGGAGUAUCUCGUGGUUGGGAAGCGUAACCCCAGCAUGGCUGCCUGUCAAAUGCUGUGCCAAUGGUUGGAGGACUGCCUGACCUACAGUACCUCCAGCCGGCCCUGUGGCAUCAUGCAGACACCAUGCCAAUGUUGGGACCAGCCCCCGCCGGACAAAGACACCAAUGGAUGUUACUUGGAGAACUGCAUCCCUGUUGUGAAAGAAGGAACAGCUGACACUAGCGUUACCAGUCCAUUCACUAUCCUCAGUCACCAGCCCAGUCCAUACGGACUACAUUUCCUAGCAUCCCUUCUGGCCAACACAGCCAUCACCACACCUGCCAUAGAUGAGCUCAUCAAGCCCUGUAUAAGAGCAGUUACUCUCCACUUUUUCCUUGACUGGUCUCGUCACUUCACAUGUGAGGACUUACCUGGCUACUUUCUUGGAUACUUCCCUGUCUUCAGGCAGUCUUCAGUUCCAGUCUUCACUAAUCCUUCACCACACACUCACCAGCACCUGCAACAAACAAAGAACUGUUUAUGCUCAAGCUAA